AUUUAUUUCUCUGGCUGAUCAAAUUGUAAAUAAGUUGUGAGGACAAAAACGGAAAUUCAGGAAUCAGGGUUUCUUUUCUCAUCAAAACGUAAAGAUCACAAAUAAAUUUUUUAAACAGAACGAAACUCACUAUUAACAUCUCACGCGAUGGCCGCUAAUAAAGCAAACGAAUCGCUGGAAUUAGCUCUAGAGAAAUUCUCCAAAAAUAUAAGAGAAGUAGGAUCCCAAGCGAUUUGGAGUUUGUCGUCUUGCAAACCAGGCUUUGGAGUGGACCAACUACGAGAUGACUGCGUUGACACGUAUUGGCAGUCAGAUGGGCAGCUACCACACUUGGUCAACGUGCAAUUCAGGAAGAAGACCACUGUUCAAGACAUCUGCAUCUACACUGAUUACAAAUUGGAUGAGAGCUACACUCCAAGCCGAAUCUCAAUCAGGGCUGGAACACAUUUCAACGAUCUGCAAGAAAUUGAAGUAGUCGAACUGAACGAACCAAGUGGCUGGAUUGUCAUUCCGAUUAAAGACAUUCACGACAACCCUCUGCGGACAUUUAUGGUUCAAAUAGCGGUAAUAACAAACCAUCAGAAUGGACGGGAUACUCACAUGCGGCAGAUAAAAAUCCACUCACCAGCAGAGAAAAGGGCAAUCACCCUAGAUCUUGGCCACCUGAGCACCGUUGACUGUCGGCAGUACAGCUACCUCAGAUAGGGUGUGAAUUUUGGCCUUGAUUUUAAGAAUGAAUGGGUUUGAUUGUGAGUAUGUUAAAGCCUGUGAUUCAAAUUGUUGCGUUUGCUGCUGAAGAGUGUAAAGCUAGGGUAACUGGUCUGAAAAUAAAGUAUGAUUAAUAUUUAA